AAGUUGUCAAAUGAAUUUUGAUAAUACGGCGAAACGAUUUGUGCCACCAAUGAUAGUCAUAAAUCAAGAUAGAAAAGUAAAAAUCGAUUUCUGUAAAUAAUUUAGAAUAAAAUUAUCAUCAAUAUAAUGGCAAAUAGAAGUGAAGGUAAUCAAAAAGUCAACCCAGUAAAAGUACCCCUAGAAACUGACCAAGGUAUUAUAGAAAGCGAAGAACGUAAAUGGGGAUUGCCAUUGAGAGAAGUUUAUAAACAUGGACUCUCUUUUUAUAAAGACAAAGAGGGAAAGGCCAUUCACCUUAGUUAUGAAGAUAGAUUGAAGUUGGUUGCAUACACUCAACAAGCAGCACAUGGACCUUUAGAUGUAAACUCAGCACCACCUCUUGGAGUGCUUGAUGUUAUAGGGAGAGAUCGAAGAUCAGCAUGGCAAGCCCUAGGUCAAAUGUCUCAGGUCCAAGCUAUGGCAGGAUUUAUACAUACUCUAGAUAGGUUAUGUCCUAUGUUUAAGCCAUUUUUAGAAGCAAUUCAAAAGGAUGUUGAAGAUAGAAAGCAGAGAGAAUUAAAGAAAACAGAAGAUGAAAAAGCACAUAUGGAAUUGCAGAAUAGAAUAAUGUUAGAAAAACAAAAACAAGAAAGUUCUAAAUUAUCAGAAGAACAGCAAGUGCAAAGAAUUAAAGAUGCACUGAAUGCACAAACCUAUGACCAGUUUCUUCAGUAUGCACAACAGCAGUUUCCAGGGAACUUUGAUCAGCAAGCAAUACUUAUUAGACAAUUGCAAGAUCAACACUACCAACAGUAUAUACAGCAACUGGCAGUGGAUCAACGUCUUGCUAAUUCUAACCUAAACUAUAAAGAAGAGUCUGAUAAUGAUGAUCAAAUUGAAAAAGAGGAUUGCACAAAAGAUCACAUAUUGAAUGACAGUGAUGAGGGUCUCACAGAUAAUAAAUCAUUACAGACAUCUGAGAAGAAUGAAAUGGAGUACAAUGAAGAAUCCCGAGAAGAAGCAGAAGACGAGGAUGAAGAAACCGAUGGUGAUGGAGUAGAGGAGGCCCGUAUGUGGACGCGUGAAGAUAUAGUGCAGUUUAAAGAAUCAGCGCGAGCAGGUGGGGGCAUGCUCACUGUGGGUCAUGGUGAGACUGUCACUAUCAGGGUGCCGACGCACCAGCGUGCACGUUGCAUAUGCUGGGAAUUCGCCACUGACAACUAUGAUAUAGGUUAUGGGCUUUUCUUUGAAUGGAGCAAAUCACCAACAUCAGAAGUGACAGUGCAUGUAGCUGAGAGUGAUGAUGAGGAUGAUGCAGAUGAUGAUACAUAUGAUGAAGAGUACACAAUUUAUGGUAAUACUGACCCAGAAGUAGGCGGUGAGAGGCGCGUGCUCAACAGUCAUCGGCCGAUGGUCAACCUCGUCGUGCCAAUAUAUAGGCGAGACUGUCACAUGGAGGUGUAUGCUGGCUCUCAUACUUAUCCCGGAGAGGGCGUAUAUUUAUUAAAAUUCGAUAAUACGUACAGUUUAUGGCGAUCUAAAACUUUAUAUUAUAAAGUCUACUACACACAGUAAUUCAAUGUUAUUUUAUAUACUAAAUACAUAAUAUAUAAUAUAAUAUAUAAUUGAAUUGAUAAUUUUAAUGAAUUUUAUUUCAAUCGAAAUAUAUUUUCGUUUUCAUUUUUUUAAUUGUAUGGCGUAUUAUAAACUUUAUUAAAAUUACUUCAAUUCAAUAAAAUCCUAAUAUUUUAUAGAUACAUGACAAAUUAUUAUGAAAUAUUAUAGAAGUAUCAAAUAUUUACUAAAUAAAAAUAAUUAAUAGUAUUGUGAAUGUAUCAGAUGCAUAUGCUGGCAUGUUUAGAUUGUGCAAUUACAUGUAUGAUCAAUCAAAAGUAGUUAAUAAAAAUAAUUGACAUUCUAAAUAAUUUAUAUAAUGACGUACCUUUAUUUUUAGCAGUACAAUAGUAUUUAUUUUUAAUAAAAAUUUAAAAAAAUGCAAACCUUUCUUACACUGCUUGUAACAUUUUUUAAUUUGUUAUAUUACAUACUUUAUGAAUAAAUUGCCAUAUAUGUAUAUUAAAAAUGGAUUUGUGCCAAUAACACUUACUAUUAUGUACUUAAUUACGAUAAUUUUCUAGAAAACAAUAGUGCGGAUAAAUUUUGUCUUUUAUUUAUAAAAGUAAUAGUAGCUCGAAGAAAAUUCUUGUUUUAAUGCAAGUCAUGUUAACUCUAUUUAAAUUAAUAAAAUAUGUGUACAUCCUUUAAUGUUAAAUUAUUUUUAGAAUACACGUAAUAAGUAAUUUUGUUUUAUCUAUAUAAGGAAAAUUAUAUAAAAACUAUCUCUAUGUUCAAAAUCCAAAUCAGCACACUUUUAAUUGUACACAGCCUCUAUGACCACUGUGUAGAUAAAAAAGAAAGGUAAAAAAAUAUUUAUAAAAAUGCGUUAAAUUUUAAUAUUUUUAGUAUUAAAAACAGCAUUUAUAAUAUUAUUAUUUAUUGUUGUAUGAAAUAACUGUGAGUAGUAACAUUAAUUUAUGUCAGUACCUAUUUAUAGUAUUUGUAAGAGAAAUAUAUUAG